AAAGCAGCUCCCCGGCGGAGCACUUUAGAUGUUGCAAGAGAGAGAUGUAAAGAUGGCGGCGGCCUUGGUACAAAUGACAUGUUUGUACCGGGGGAUUUUAGCGGUUAGGGUCCCCGGCAUCAGGCCGCUGAUCCCCGGGCUGGUCCCGCUGCAGUACCGGGCCUUCUCGGUCCGGAAGGAGCCGCAGCUGGAGGAGAACCCGUUCUUCGACAAGUACCAGGACAAGAUCCAGAAGCUUCGCAGCACCAAACCUCAGGAGUACAAAGCCAGAGUGGAGACGCGUCGUGAUGCCAAGAAGGAAGUGCUGGGACACUCAAAGCAGACAGAGUUCAUCAAGCUCAUGGAGCAUGAGUUGGAGAAAAAGGACAAGAUUGCUGCUGGCGAAGGAGAGUCAGGAGGUUUCACAAAGAACAAGACGCUGGACUCCAUCCUAGACCUGGAGAAGAUCCGGGACAUGACGGGGGGGGAGGUCUCAGAGCUCUGGAUGAAUUAUUACGCCGCCAAGGACACAAUCAGCGCCGUGAUCCCGACGCAGUUGUACGAUUUGAUUAAAAGCAGAUCAAAUGCUUCCCCUAUGUUCCUCUACGCUCUGCCUCAGAGGGAGGGAUACGAGUUCUUCUUGGGUCAGUGGUCCAGACACGAGCUCCACUUCACCUCCCUCAUCAACGUCCAGACGAUGGGUGAGCAUGCUCCCAGUCAGCUGAUCCUCUACCACUACCCCGACCUGAAGGAGGAGAAGGGCGUGGUCCUCAUGACCGCUGAGAUCGACCCCAAGUUCAUAACCGUCCACCAGGCUCAGUGCUUGGCCAAUCAGGUGCAGCUGUUCUACGGCACGCAUAGGCAGGAGACGUUCCGAUUGGUGGAGGACUUUAACCACCACCCUGCAGACUUCAAACACAUGUUGUUGAUCGCAGAGCUGGAGCAGAGCGGCCUGGGGUCAGCGAGGGAAACCAUGGGAAGCCAAGAGAUGGACUGAAGACCCUCUCUUGCAGUUGGAACUCCGGGAACCGUUGGUGUUCCUUUUUAAAUCAGAGAGAUAUGUGCUUUUUCUUAAAACAACUAAAAGAAGCUUCACAUGAACUCUGUUGGAGAUUUUAUCAUUUCAUCUGCCCGACAUUUUUUCAUUGUGCAUCCAUGUGUAAGUAACCACAGGAGAAUAAUGUGGUAUUGGUCAGUUCCAUGAUAAAUAAAUGCUUUAAUAAAUCAUCUUCAAAAACCCAAA